UGUUAUUACUGUUUGGGUACAGUAUACACGUAGUAUAGGGAGCUGUUUUGCAGGAUGAUAAUAAAGCAUGUGAGAUGAUAAUAAAGCAUGUGAUAUGACAAUAUGACUAAGUUGUGAACAAUCGUUAAUCGUGUGAGUUAUGUUUGAGAAGUUUAUGUUAUGUUUUAGAUUGCAUAUAAAUGUACACACUAGGCAAUGUACAAGUUGCACAACUGAUUCGUCUUAAUAUAUGUGGUUAACCGCAUGACAUGUCAUAAGACGAAUGAACAUUAAUCGUUUCGAUAUGUAUACGAAAUGAUAUUCGAUUUUGUUUUCACCGUGAAAUUGCUCGGGAAAAGAAUACACAGUUUUUGUAUGUUUAGUGAUAUGCGAUAUACUGGAUAAAAAUGUAUGGAGCUAUAGAGAAAGAAAUAGAAUCGGAUGAUAUUGAACAGGAGCCCAUAACUCUUGGAAACAUCAUCAAAGAAACUGGCGACUGCGGGGCUUUUCAAAUAAUCGGAACGGUUUAUAACUCCUUUGCUUUAGUCGUUCUAUCCUGGAGCAUGCUGACUAUGGCAUACAGCGCGAGUGUUCCGAAGUUCACGUGCGUGGUAUUCCAAAAUGGAACUAAUUUGACGUCAUCCGACGCGUGUGACGUAAACGGGACUCUGUGUGACGUCAUUAAAUACGACGCCAACAUGCGGACGAUCGUCAGUGAGUGGGGUCUCGUCUGUGACCGGCAGUGGGUCUCGCAGACGAUCACCACCAUCCAGAUGUCGGGCAUGCUGGUGGGCGGGAUCUUCUGGGGUCACGUGUCAGACGGGAUUGGCAGGAAGCCAACUUUCUUCCUUAAUGUUUUCAUACUUGGCGUGGCCAAUCUUAUCUCCUACUUCUCCUUGAACUGGCAAAUGUUUGCUAGCAUGAGGUUCAUCAUUGGUCUCGGCUGUACGGGGUGGAUGACAGCGCCGCUGAUGUUCGAGUACAUUCCGAAUAGAUGGCGCGUGUUUAUCGUCGCCGUUCCAAGCUGGGCACUAUGGGGCGGCGCCAUGGCGGCGUUCUGUUACUGGUCACGUGACUGGAAAGAUAUCCACAUUGUCAUAGCGGCGAGCUCGGGGUUGGCGAUGUUUGGCUGGCUCUAUUUCGUUGAAAGCUUUCGGUGGCUCGUCUCCAUCGGAAAAGUACAUUUAGCGGAAGCAGCAAUCCGCAAAGUUGCACGUGUUAAUCGCAGAUCGGAACCUGAUAUCACAAAGCUGUCUGUCGCCAUCGAAAAAGAGCAGAAGGAAGCCGAAAUGACUAAAUUACUGAGGGUUUAUUCCGUACUAGAUUUGUUUCGAUCACGCCAAACACGGAAGACAACAAUUUUGUUUGCAUUGAUAUGGCUGUUUUCUUCCUACAGCUACUACGGUAUCGCUUUCGGGGUCCAAGAGCUGUCGGGUGACUUCUACCUCAAUCUCUUCCUCGUCAGCGUCAUUGACAUACCCGGCGACUCUCUCGCGGUCCUUUUCAACACGUGGGGCGGCCGGAAGUGGACCUGCACCGGCUUCUAUGCAUUGGGAGGCGUGUUUGCGUUGCUUGUUGGAAUAUUCAAAUUCCUAAACCUGUCAAUUUCCGGUACGUCAAUGAACGUUCUCGCCCUAGGCGCCAAGCUUUUUGUGAGCGCUGCGUGGAGUAUGAACACGCUGUGGGCUCAGGAGUCCUUUCCAACGGUCGUCAGAUUCAUUGGCGGAGGGUUCGUCAGUUCCGUAUCCAGGGUGGGAUCCAUGGUGGCCCCGCAGAUAAUCACGCUGAGUCGGGAUAUCAAAGGACUGCUGUUUCUGGUUUGCGGCAUUGUAUGUCUGCUAUCCACUGGUAUGUGCGUAUUACUGGACGAAACGAAGAACCGCGACCUUCCGGAUAUCCUUCAGCCUUUAAACACGGACAAAAAGCGCGAAAAUGAAUAACAUGAGAAAAUUUUGACAUUUCGUAACGUGAGUUUAUUACUUAGAUAAAUAUUGACAAGUUUUUGGAAACGAGUAAAUGGAAUACCACGAAUAAAUACUGACCUUUUUGAAAAACGCGCCAAGUAAAUAUCAAGAGGAAAUACUGACAUUGUUUUAAACGUGCCAAUGAAAAAACGUGGGCAAAUACUGACGGUUUUUAAGUGCCAAUAAAAUAACCAGAGGAAAUAAUGGUUCUUUUAAACGCGCCAAUGAAAUAACACUACGAAAGAAUGACAUUUUUUUGAGAGCGCCAACUGAAUAACGCAAACAAUACUGACAUUUGUUGUAAAUAAAAUGAAUAAAACCAGGAAAUACUUAUAUUUAAAACGAUUGAACUGAAGAAUGUGCGGGUCACUGAUGUUUUGAAACGAUUUAAAUGAAGAUUGCAAUGAAAUACUGACCUUUUUUGAAAACGAACGAAGGGAAUACCACACAGUAACAGAGUCCACAUACAUUUUUGCAGCGCGCCAGGCUAAAAAGUUGAGGAAAUGCUUACAUUCGUACUCGCUCAUAGAACAUGACAUACAGAGAAUACUGAAUUAUUGUAAAGGGCAAAUAUUCAUAAUUUUGACAAAAAAUGAACAUGAGAAAUAUGGGAAAAUACUCAUUUAUAAUUAUGCCGAUGAAAUACGACUAGGAAAUACCCGAGUUUUCUUCUACUAUGCCUUAGCAUUCCUUACCUUCAUCAAUCUAUCGUCUUUUUUCUGACUUUUUAUAUUAAUAAUAAUAGUAUUAUUAUUAAAGUAGUGGGUCCUAAAAUGAUUUAAAAUAAAGUUUUUAAUAGGAA